GAAACGCGUAUCGUUUCUUUUUAACGAUGGUAAGAACUAUUGACUAUUAAUUGAUUUGAAUUGAUAGGCAUUUAGCAUGGAGGUUUUUUUGUGGAUUCUAAGUUUUUCUAAGAUUUUUUUCCUUUGGUAAUUUGUUGUCAAGUGCCUAGUCAUUGGGGUCAAAUGCAGAUGGUUGUACCAUUGCAAUGUUCUCUCAAUAUGCUUCAAGGGGACACUAGGUGUGCUCUUUGGCCUUCUAGUCUUUUUCUGUCAGAGUUUAUUCUUUCAUAUACUGAAGUUUUUACGAAGAAGUUAUGUUUUGAGGUUGGCUCUGGUGUAGGUCUGCUUGGCGUUUGCCUUAAUCAUGUCAAAGCUUCUCAGGUCGUUUUGACUGAUGGUGAUGCAUCGAGUUUAGAAAAUUUAAAGCUUAAUUUGGAGAUGAAUAAGAUUGAAAAUUUAGAUGUGUCUUUAGACAAAAGUGACAGUAGCUUAUGUACGGUACAAUGCAUUCCUCUGUCAUGGGAAUCUGCAGAAGAGAGUGAGCUUUGGCGAUUCCAGCCUGAUAUUGUUUUGGGUGCUGAUGUAAUUUACGACCCCUCGUGCCUGCCACAUCUUGUUAAAGUUCUUUCGAUUCUUCUUACUCGAAGAAAACCCAUCAGCAGCAAACCGAACAACAAUAGAGAUACUGAUAGAAAAGCGAAACUAGAGUCUUCGAAUUUGAAAUCCUUGCUUGAACAAAUGGCGACGGGUCCUGUCGCACUUAUCGCCUCAGUGAUAAGAAACAUUGAUACUUUCAACUACUUUCGAAAGUUAUGUUCUCAAAAUAAUCUCGAUAUUAGAGACAUUACUGGAUCGAUUUGGCCUUUUAACUUACUACCUUACAUGGAUUCAUAUAGAAGAUCAGAUGUGCACUUGUUUCUGCAGUCUUAUAGCAAGUGA